AUGCAGUUUUGGGGCACGUUCACUGGCUGCAACCCAAAGAGAAUACCAGGACUGCUAGUUAUGACAGUAUUCUCACAAUCACUGUUAUUGCUGACAUGUGUGCUGACCACAUGCUUGGCAACUCUUCUAGUUUUCAUAAUUUGUGAAUAUCUAAUCUCACCUGAUCGGCCUGCUGUGAAGUUGGUACUGAACAGAAUCAUCGACGAUAACCAACAACCAACGACGUUUGUUACGUAUUUCAGGGCUACUAUGUUGCUCUCAGUGGCCACUGCUAUUUUAGGUUUUUUCCCUCGACGCUUUGCUAAAACAGAAAAGUAUGGUCACAGUCUGAUGGAUGCUGGUGUUGCUGGGUUCAUAUUUGCGUUAGCUAUCACCAGCCGUCUGAAGUCAUUGAAUAGCUGGGAUGGAAGCGUUCAGCGUAAAAGUCGUUACUCGUGGCUUCGAUCGUCGUUCGUCGUACUACCAGUGAUAGGAUUCGCACGAACGGUUUUGCUGACCGUAUUAAACUAUCCGCAGCAUGUAACAGAAUAUGGCAUUCAUUGGAAUUUUUUCUACACUCUAGCAGUAGUGAAGGUUGUUUCUCAAAUCCUACCCAAGAGAUUUCCAUUUUUGUGGGCCUGCCUUUUCGGAAUUUUCCAACAGACUAUGCUCAUGAAUGGAUAUCAGGAAUGGAUCAUUAACGGAGAAAAUCCACGAGACACUAUCUUCGCAGCUAAUGCCGAAGGGAUUUGUUCACUUAUGGGAUACAUAACGAUUUACUAUAUGGCUGACUCAUUGGCGGUCUUCAUUUCUAGAACGGGUAUUCGAGUAAAAUCGUGGGUAGAAUGUUGUUGGCGGCUCUACAUAUUCUCGUUGAUCUUCUACCUAAUGCAAUUAGGAGCUGAGUGGACUUUGGGACAGCCAUCUCGACGGGUCGUUAACAUUGCCUACAUUUUUCUGCAAUGUCAUUCCUUACGUUCACCCCUUGCAUUGGCUCUGUGUGUUCAGCUGUUUUCGCAUUGUUGCAUGGCGCUUGCUGAAUAUGAAAAUCCGUGGUGCGGUGUGCAGCCGUGCUUGACGACAUCUGUUAAUAGAUCAGGAUUGAUUUUCUUUCUUCUUGCCAACGUCUUCACUGGUGUCGUUAAUUUCGCUAUCGACACACACCAUACAGAUGACGUGACAGCAAUGUUUACACUCGUGUGCUAUACGUUUAGUCUUUGUGCUAUAGUACACUGGCGCGAUUUCAAGAAACUGGCAAGAAAGCACUAA